UUCUUUUAAAAUAAUCUUUAACUUUCGGCUUUGCUUCCAACCUGAGCUAAAACGGAAACUAGAAUCUUUCGACUUUUUUAUUUUUAAAAAAAGUUAUUCUCUGCACCAUAAGAAAAAAGUUAUUCUCUAGCACCACUAAUUUCCUCACCCAAGGCAUAAGAUUUUAAAAAGAAAGGAAAAGAAAAACUGGCCUCUCUAAGCACCAUCCCGAUUGCAAUCCAUUACAAAGAAGUGGAAAGUAAAAGGAAGGAAAUGAUUAUGUUUAUGUCUCUUUUACUUUCGAAACAAUGAAAGCAAAAGCAUUAGUAGGACAAGGACGGAAGACUACGGGAAAGAGGAGAUUGGUUGUGGUGGGGAUUGAAGCUGUGAUUUGGGAUCGGUUCAGCAUCUUCUGCUGAUAGGUUUAUCCAGCAGACUUCAAGAGCUGGAUUCCAUACAGAGCUAGAGGCCUUCUCCUUUUCUUCCUCCCGCUAUUUCAUUGAUUGCCAGUGCUUUCCGCACAUAUUUUUCCAAAUUAAGGUCGGUGGAAAAUGGCUAUCGAAAGUGUGGGUGGAUCCAUUAUAUCUAAGAUAGCAGAACUCAUGGUGGAACCAGUAGGAAGGCAGUUCCGUUACAUGUUCUGUUUCAACGAUUUUGUUAAGGAAUUCGAACAACAAAAGGAGAAGCUGGUUUCGGAAAAAGAACGUCUGCAAGACGAUGUCAAAGCUGCUGACAGGAAUGCUGAAGAAAUUUACGAGGAUGUCAAAAAGUGGCUGGGAGAUGCAAAAAACGAAAUUGAAGGUGCGAAGCCCUUGGAAAAUGAAAUAGGAAAAAAUGGCAAAUGCUUCACUUGGUGUCCAAACUGCAUGCGACAAUUCAAGUUAAGCAAGGCACUGGCCAAGAAGUCGGAGACUUUCAGAGAACUUUUAGAAAAAAAGUCUACAAAAGUGUCCCACAGAGCUCAUCCUCAGCCCAUAGAAUUUCUUCAAUCAAAGGAAUUCACGCCCUCAAAAUCGUCAGAAGAAGCUUUGGAACAGAUCAUGAAAGCUCUCAAAGAUGACAGUGUCAAUAUGAUCGGACUGUACGGCAUGGGAGGGGUGGGUAAAACCACCCUGAUGAAAGAAGUAGGCAGGAGAGCCAGAGAGUCGCCGCUUUUUGAUGAAGUUUUGAUGGCUACGGUGUCCCAGAAUCCAAAUGUCACAGGCAUCCAGGAUCAAAUGGCAGAAAAGUUAGGUCUGGAUAUUAAAGAAAAGAGUAAAGAAGGGAGAGCAGAUCGAUUAUGGCAGAGACUGGAGAAAGUGGAGAAGAUGCUUAUAAUCCUGGAUGAUGUUUGGGAAUAUAUUGACUUGAAAGAGAUAGGGAUCCCAUUUGGUGUUGAUCACGGGGGUUGUAAAAUUCUUCUAACAACACGUCGUCAAGGCGUAUGUUCUUCAAUGGCGUGCGAGCCAAAAGUGUUGUUAAGUCCCUUACCUUUAAAAGAAGCAUGGGAUUUAUUCAGAAUCAAUGCAGGUUUACCUGAUGGGAACUCUACCUUGAACAUAGUGGCAAGGGAGGUUGCGAGAGAAUGCCAAGGCUUGCCUAUAGCACUUGUGACAGUGGGAAGGGCUCUAAGAGAUAAAUCUGCACGUCAGUGGGAAUUAGCGUCUAGACAGCUCAAAGAAUCUCAAUUUGCGCGCAUGGAACAAAUUGACGAAAAAAAUAAUGCUUAUACAUGUCUUAAGUUGAGCUAUGAUUAUUUGAAGAGCAAGGAAACCAAGUUAUGUUUCUUGAUAUGUUGUUUAUUUCCAGAAGACUAUGUCAUUCCAAUCGAGGACUUGACGAGAUACGCAGUUGGCUAUGGGUUACAUCAAGAUACGGAGCCCAUUGAAGAUGCAAGGGAACGAGUUUCUGUGGCAAUCGAAAACCUCAAAGAUUGUUGCAUGCUGGUGGGCUCUGAAACUGAAGAACAUGUGAAAAUGCAUGACUUGGUUCGUGACGUUGCUAUUCAGAUAGCAUCAUCAGAAGAAUAUGGAUUCAUGGUAAAGGCAGGCAUUGGGUUGGAGAAGUGGCCAAUGGGCAAUAAAAGCUUUGAAGGCUGUACAACAAUUUCGUUAAUGGGCAAUAAACUAGCAGAACUUCCUGAAGGAUUGGUAUGUCCACGGCUCAAAGUUCUAUUAUUAGAAGUGGGUUAUGGUUUGAAUGUUCCUCAGAGGUUCUUUGAAGGGAUGAAAGAAAUUGAAGUUUUGUCUCUGGAGGGAGGGCGUUUGUCAUUGCAAUCACUUGAACUCUCAACGAAACUUCAAUCGUUGGUGUUGAUCAUGUGUGAAUGCAAGGACCUCAUUUGGUUGAGAAAGCUGCAGAGACUUAAGAUUCUUCGUCUUAAGUGGUGCCUCUCCAUUGAAGAAUUACCUGAUGAAAUAGGAGAGCUCAAGGAGCUAAGGUUGUUGGAUCUGACAGGUCAAAGUCUAAGAAGGAACCCUGUGAAUUUGAUUGGAAGGUUGAAGAAGUUAGAAGAGCUGUUGAUCUGGGAUCAAAGCUUUGAUGGAUGGGAUGUUGUUGGAUGUGAGAGCACAGGAGGAAUGAAUGCAAGCCUAACAGAACUAAAUUCGUUGUCUCAGUUAGCCGUAUUAUCAUUGAGGAUACCGAAGGUUGAAUGCAUUCCCAUAGAUUUUGUUUUUCCAGUUAGCUUGCGCAAAUAUCAUAUAAUGUUAGGGAAUUGCUUUGGGGCACGACGAUACCCGACCUCGACAAGAUUAAUUUUGGGUGGUCCAUCCUUAAAUGCGAAGACAUUUGAGCAAUUGUUUUUACAUAAAUUAGAAUCUGUAGAAGUGAGUGAUUGUGGGGAUGUUUUCACUCUGUUUCCAGCAAGAUUGCGGCAAGGUUUAAAAAAUCUAAAGGAGGUGAUUGUUGACAGCUGUGAAUCAUUGGAAGAGGUAUUUGAAUUGGGUGAGGCUGAUGAAGGAAGCAGUGAGGAGAAGGAGCUGCUGUCAUCUCUAACAAUGUUAAAGCUGCAAAGCUUACCUGAGCUCAAAUGCAUAUGGAAGGGGCGCACCAGACAUGUCAGCCUCCAAAGUCUUGCUCGUCUGGAGUUGGGGUAUCUGGACAAAAUGACAUUUAUCUUCACACCGUCCCUCGCUCAAAGUCUGCCAAGGCUAGAAAGACUUUACAUAAGUAAAUGCAGUGAAUUGAAGCAUAUUAUCAGAGAAGAGGAUGGUGAAAGGGAAAUAAUUCCAGAGUCUUCCGGCUUCCCAAAAUUAAAACAAAUCUUCAUAGAAGACUGUGGUAAACUGGAAUAUGUCCUCCCUGUCCCUGUGUCUCCAAGCCUUCUGAACCUGGAAGAGAUGCGGAUUUUUAAAGCUCAUAAUUUAAAGCAAAUAUUUUACAGUGGAGAAGGAGAUGCACUCACCACAGAUGGCAUCAUCAAGUUCCCUCGACUAAGACAAUUGUCUCUUUCUUCCAGAUCAAAUUACAGCUUUUUUGGUCCAACGAAUUUUGCUGCCCAAUUGCCUUCUUUGCAAAUUCUAGAAAUUGAUGGCCACAAAGAAUUGGGAAAUUUGUUUGCACAGCUCCAAGGGCUGACAAAUUUGGAAAAAUUACGCUUGGAAUCCGUGCCUGACAUAAGGUGUCUAUGGAAGGGUCUCGUGCUGAGCAAAUUGACUACUUUGAUGGUGGUAGAGUGUAAGAGACUGACACAUAUUCACAUGCAGCAUGAUUGAUGAUUGCUAGUCUAAUAAUUCUUUCUCGCCCAAACCAGGUGAUAUAGCUGCAAUUAUUUAUCCUCUCCUUUACCCUCAAAUUUUAAUGGUUGAAUUAAAUCAUGGAUUGUCUUUGUUCUUCAUGCUUGCAUCAGGCAAGGUUUUUGAUUGGUGGGAAGUAAUUCCUGCUGUUUCAUUGGCAAAUGGAUACAAAUUGGCUUCACAUUGUAACAGUCUUAUUUACCAUAGAAGAUUUCGACUUAUCUAUCUAUGUGUUUGCUGACGAAGUUAGAAGUAAUGUAAUGUUGUGUGUGUAGUCAUUACUGUGCGAUCCUCAAAAAAACAAUGUUGCUUGCCCAUUAUCGUACAAGCCUCCAGAAGUAAGGCCGUAUGUUUGCUUGCCCAUUUGUUUUU